GUGUACAAUGUUCACUAUACCAUGAGCAUUAAUGGAAAAGUACAAGAUGGAUCGAUGGAAAUAGAUGCUGCAAACAACUUAGAGACAUUCAAAACGGGAAGUGGGAGCGAAGAGGCUGUUGAAGUUCAUGAUUUUCAGAUUGGCAUAACUGGAAUCCGUUUUGCUGAAGGAGAAAAGUGUUACAUCAAAGCUCAGCCAAAAGCUCACGUCCCUGAAGUUGAUGCUAUGACUAAAGCGAGCCUCUCGUCUGAGCUGGAAGAUGAAAUCAUGCCUGUGAGAUUUGAUGAAAACUCCCUUAUCUGGGUGGCUGCAGACGAGCCUAUCAAGCAUAAGAGUUUCCUAAGCCCCAAAAUUUUAGAGCUUUGUGGGGAUCUUCCAAUUUUCUGGCUGCGACCAACAUAUCCCAAAGAUAAUCCAAGGAGAGAAAUAAAGAGAACCAAACGCCAAUCAGAAUCAAACUUUGAUACAGAAGACUUGGAAGCUGCUACUGAAGAAGUAAAUACCAGGUCACCCACCACGCAGCUGACUCAAGAGCUUGAUCACCAGUCUAAUGAAACCAGGCCAAUGGAACAAGAAACCGAUCAAACAUUUAAUCCAGACAAUCCAUAUAAUCAGCUGGAAGGUGAAGGGAUGGCUUUUGACCCCAUGCUGGAUCACCUAGGUGUGUGCUGCAUUGAAUGCAGGCGAAGUUACACGCAGUGCCAGAGGAUUUGCGAACCUCUCCUGGGCUACUACCCAUGGCCUUACAACUACCAAGGCUGCCGCACUGCCUGCCGAAUCAUCAUGCCCUGCAGCUGGUGGGUUGCUCGUAUCAUGGGUGUUGUGUGAGAAAAACCA